GAGCUCCCUACUGGCCUGCCCCUCCUGCCCAACCCAGUAAACUACUGCCACCCAUCCGCCGGCGAAAUGGCCCACGGCCGCAUCCUCCCCCUGGCGCUCGCCGUCCUGGCCACGGCCGCCGUGGCCGUCGCCUCCUCCUCCUUCACCGACUCCAACCCGAUCCGGCCCGUCACCGAGCGCGCCGCCUCGACGCUCGAGUCCACCGUCCUCGCCGCGCUCGGCCGCACCCGCCACGCUCUCCGCUUCGCGCGCUUCGCCGUCAGGUACGGCAAGAGCUACGAGAGCGCGGCGGAGGUGCGGAGGCGGUUCCGGAUCUUCUCCGAGAGCCUCGAGGAGGUGCGCUCCACCAACCGGAAGGGCCUCUCCUACCGCCUCGGCAUCAACCGCUUCUCGGACAUGAGCUGGGAGGAGUUCCAGGCGACCCGGCUCGGCGCGGCGCAGACCUGCUCGGCGACGCUCGCCGGCAACCACCUGAUGCGGGACGCCGCCGCGCUCCCGGAGACCAAAGACUGGAGGGAGGAUGGGAUCGUUAGCCCCGUAAAAGACCAGUCCCAUUGCGGCUCCUGCUGGACGUUCAGCACUACUGGUGCACUUGAGGCAGCAUAUACUCAGGCCACUGGAAAGAACAUCUCUCUUUCUGAGCAACAGCUGGUUGACUGUGCCGGUGGAUUCAAUAAUUUCGGGUGCAGUGGAGGCCUUCCAUCCCAGGCAUUUGAGUACAUCAAGUACAAUGGAGGGAUCGACACCGAGGAGUCCUACCCUUACAAGGGUGUCAAUGGCGUCUGCCAUUACAAGGCUGAAAAUGCCGUAGUUCAGGUUUUGGACUCAGUUAACAUCACACUGAAUGCUGAGGACGAACUGAAAAACGCCGUCGGGUUGGUUCGCCCAGUGAGUGUUGCCUUUGAGGUGAUCGACGGUUUCAGGCAGUACAAGAGCGGAGUUUACACUAGCGACCAUUGUGGUACUACACCUGAUGACGUGAACCACGCCGUCUUGGCGGUCGGGUACGGUGUGGAGAACGGCGUCCCGUAUUGGCUCAUCAAGAACUCGUGGGGCGCCGACUGGGGUGAAAAUGGUUACUUCAAGAUGGAAAUGGGCAAGAACAUGUGUGCUGUUGCUACCUGCGCCUCCUACCCCAUCGUGGCGGCAUGAAGAGGCGCCAAAUCGGCGAGUCCAGUCUCGAUUCGCUGGACAUGAAUAACGUGUUUUCAGCCCGAACAAGAACAUGAAGAUUGGGGUAUACAGGAACUGAAACUUUGCUGUGAAUAUAAAACCACAAGAACUACGGUUGCAGUGAGCCCCGUGCGCGUACUCUUCCUCUGUAUGGUUGUAUGGCUAUAUAUGUAGGUGAUCCAGCAAUUUAUUGGGGUUUCACAUGUAUGUAUACGACAUUUUAUUUCCAGCACAAAUAAAAUGGCCCACUCAUAGUUCACCUAGGCA